UCCGGUAGUGUAUUCCAGUGACGUCCGGUAGUGCAUUCCAGUGGAAGUUUUGUGAUCUAUCCCUGUUCUGACAUUCAUUCUUGUUUUUGUUUUGUGCCAUCAUUCGCGCCGUUUUGGCUUUCGCUUGCCCCCACUUAAUCAAACACUUCUAAUUUUCCAACUCACACUUAUUUUGCUCUUCAUCAGAGAACUUUGCUGCAUUUUUUCACGUAACUGCGUUUUCCUCCACACAUUCGUAACGAAAAUUCAUAGCAAAAAGAAAAAAUUACCUGCGUGGAAAGACAAAAACGAGAGCAACGAAAAGAAAAUUUUCAUUUUCCAAUUUUAAGUGGGUCGCGUUGUUUUCUUUUUGCAGAUUUCUAAUAACACUUGCCACAAAACGCUGCCAGUAUCGAAAUGGAUAUCAUGGACAUACAAGCCGUCGAGUCUAAACUGAGUGACGUCACGGUGACCCCAAUACCUCGUUCACAAGUGCAAAAUUUCUACAACUAUCAACAGCAACGCGAGCAGCGCGAACAACAGCCGCAAAUACAAAUCUCUGCUAUCCAUCAUCCGCGUGACCGCAGCGGCGGUGCAAGUUCUAGUUCUUCAAAAGCCACCACAGUGCUUGACCUGCAUCAUAGCGUACUGAGCGGCAGUGUCAAAGGAAGUGGCGGCGUACGGGACCUGUACAGCAAGCGUGAACGUGAUUAUCAUCAGCAAUCGACGAGCACCUCGGCUGCUGCGGCGGUAGCUGCCCUUCAAUAUACGCAGCAGUUGCAGGCGCAACUGGCACUUCUUCAACAACAAUCGAAUACCAUCGCCUCUCCCGCCUCGACGCAACGUGCCAGCAGCGGAAGUAGCCAUGGCCAUAGUGGCGCAGGGAAUAGCGGUGGCGGAAAUAGUCUUGCUGCCGCUAGCAAAGCUGGAGGUAGCAUGGGUCUUGCUAAUGUUGGCAACGGUGGCAUGAGUGUUAGUGCUGCGCUGGGUGUGGGCAGCAACGCCGCAGCGAUACUCAACGCAGCACAGUCACAGCUAAAGUAUCCACAAUCUACAUCGCCGGUUAUCAUAACCACGCAAACAUCGGCCAACAUAACAACGCCCAUGACGUCCACUGCCAAUUUGCCUACGGCGGGCACAUCAGCAGCCGGCAAUGGCCUGAGCAAGUAUGCGCAGCUAUUGGCGGUAAUAGAGGAGAUGGGUCGCGAUAUUAGGCCAACAUAUACAGGAUCACGUAGUUCGACGGAGCGUUUGAAGCGUGGCAUUGUACAUGCACGCAUACUUGUGCGCGAGUGCCUCUUGGAAACGGAACGUUCGGCGCGUCAAUGAGACAUGGGAGUUGAUGAAGGGGGUGGCGACGGUGACGGUGUCGAAGGCGGCGGAGGUGGGUUUGGAGGUGUUAAUUUAUCAGGUGACAAUGACAGUGCGAGUGAAGCGGUGAUUAAAGAGGGUAGGGUUAGACGUUAUGAUGAUGAUGAUAGCGCAGGCGGUGCCGUCAAAUAGUUGUUUAGUUAAUUAGAAUUUAGUUUAGUAUAAUUAUGAUUUGCAGAAUUUUUAUCGGGAUAAAUUGUGGCGAAAAUCAAUAACUUAAAUUUUUUUUAUCUUGUUUUAAUAUAUACUUAUGUAUAUUUUUAGUGUAUGCAAAUAUGUAAUUUUAAUUGAAUUUGUGAAAAUUGUGUAUUUUCAACAAAAAAGGACAAGAGAGCCUUUCAGCUUUACAAAAGCGAAUACUUUCAAUGUAUCAUUUCGUCUAUAAAUUUCUUAUUUUAAUUAUUAUGAAAUAGUUUAAAUUCAAAUGCAUGUUUUAAAUUAUAAUUUAAAAUAGUAAUUUAAAUAAAUUGAAACUGUUUUAAUGAAAACGUAGUUAUAUGCCGCCUUUUUUGUUUGUUUGUUUUAUUUAUUUUUGAAUAUUAUAGUUUUCUGUUCGGUUCUACUGCGAAAAUAGACUAGCUCAGGUUCCAAAUGCAUACAUAUGUAUAUGUAUAUUCAAGUGCAGCAUUGCAUACACCUAAGUACAGUACAUGUUUACAGCUAUAGUAUAUACACCAAUUUUUAGUAAAAGUAAAUACAUAGUAAUGUUUAUAAAAAACAAGUAGAGAAAAGUGUUAUACCAUUUA